UGUGGUCCUCUCGCUCAAUGUGAUUCAAUAGGCAGAUGCUCCUGUGUUACAGGAUAUGAUUUGGAAUGGACUAUGACUCCAAGCAGUCCAGAUGCAUACAACUGCAUUGAUAUUGAUGAGUGUUUGAAUGAGAUGCAGUGUGGUCCCAAUGCUACGUGCACAAACACCCCUGGUCUGUGGAGCUGUGCAUGUGACACAGGCUUCAGAGUGACUGAUGAUACCCAGGAGCCCAGUCCCUCAAACCCCUGUGUCGAUAUUGACGAGUGUGUGAACGAGACGCUGUGUGUCCCGAAUGCUGUGUGCAUAAACAGCCCUGGUCUGUGGAGCUGCGUAUGUGACACAGGCUUCAGAACGGAAGAUGCUGCCCAAGAGCCCAGCCCCACGAACCUCUGCGUUGACAUUAACGAGUGCACAGAGACUCCAGAUGUAUGUGGCCCACUGAGUAUUUGCUUCAACAAAUUCGGGACUUACAACUGUGCUUGUUCAGAUGGACAUUUUUCCUCCACUGGAAUUAUAUGGACUGAAGACUCUGUGUGUAAAAAUGUGACGGUUGUUUUGGAUGAGCUGAGUGUUUCUGAGGGGCAGACUAAAGAAAUGGCGUUUUUUGCAUUCAUCGACGAGCAAGUGAAAGAAAGCAAAGGGGAUUUCUUAACUGAGGCGAUGCUUGUAAAUAUUUUCGCAGCUUCCAUGGAAAUAGCAGGUGUCGGCCCAUUCGUCAGUCCACCGAGAGUGAACAGUACAGGAGACGGAGUGACUGGAAGUAUCAUCCUCGACAUCACAGAGCGUUUAAUGUCUAGUCUACUGCAGCACGUCGGAGAGAAGCUAACACUCAGGCUAAACACGUCAACAUUUGACUUAAACCUGGUAAAGUUUGGCCCUGGUGUCAACAAAUCAAAGCGUUUCCCUCUGACUGCCAAUGGAAACAUCAUGGAGAUCAAUAUGGAGAGCCUGGCGGAAAACAACAAUGGUUGGGCAGCAGCAGUGUUUCUGUCUCUGAGCGGCAUGGACAGCCUCCUCAGCCAUCUGUAUUUUCAAUCUGAAAAUCAAGCAACAUCAGAAUUUGCCUCUGAUGUUUUUACCGCGUUUCUUCCCACAAUGAACAACACCAAUCUGACAGAACCAGUCAACUUCACCAUUCAACACAACAGGAUGACCCCAGAUUCAGGAUCGGUGACAUGUGUGUACUGGAAGGUAGACAUUGAGCCAAUAAUGAAGACUCUGAGAGGAGAAGAAGAAAAGAAAGAGGAGCCUGCGACUUUGGGGUGGUCAGAGGAGGGCUGCUGGGUCUCCUACACCGACCCAAAAUCCACCGUCUGUAGCUGCUCCCACCUCUCCACCUUUGCCCUCAUCCUGCAGAUCGGGGAGCCUCCUCCUCCGAAUGACUUCUUGGUCUUGUUGAACCGGAUCUGCGUGGCUAUUGGUCUCUUCUUCUUUGUUCUGGCCAUUCUCACCUUCCUUCUGUGCAGCUGGAACCCCAAAAUAAACAACAGCGCUCGCCUCCACCUGUGUCUGAACCUGGGACUGUCCCACCUCUUGUUACUCCUCAGUGACCUCUUUGUCAACACACCGGCGGGCUGUAAGGCUGUUGCAAUCAUUCUCCACUUCCUGGUGGUGUCCAGCUUCGUAUGGAUGCAGUUGGAGGCGAUUCAACUCUUCCUAUUGGUGCGUGGGCUCAACAAGGUCCGAGUGAUCCAGAGAGACGGCCUCCCCAAACCCGCCCUGUUCGCCAUCGGCUAUGGGGUCCCCACUGUCAUUGUGGGGAUCUCUGCUGCCGUCUACCACCCUGGAUAUGGACUCACUGAGGCAGAAGUGUGCUGGUUGUCAACUACUCGUAACUUCAACUGGGCUUUAACAGGGCCAGUUAUUGCUAUUCUUGCAAUGAACUGUGCCUUAUUCUUUGCUACUUUGUGGAGUCUGAGAACUAUACUGGCCAACAUGAAGAGUGGUGCCUCUGAGUCCAAAGAUGCUAAACUGGUGCUGUUCAAGAUCUUGGCUCAGUUUGUGAUUCUGGGCUGUACCUGGAUUUUGGGUCUGUACCAAACAGACCUGAUCCUCCAAAUCCUCUUCAUCGUCUUCAACUCGCAGCAGGGAACCUUCCUCUACAUUGUCCACUGUUUGCUCAACAGAGAGAUUCGAGAAGAAUGUCUGAAAUACUUGACUUGUUCUCACAACAAGAGCAAAAAUGAAAAAGAUGCUCUGUCAGUCUCUGAAGAUUUAGAUAAGUGAAUCUUGUGAAAAUGCCAUUUGCACUCAUUCAACUUUGAAUAAUUUUAUUUUUCAAAGUGGACUUUCAUUACUACUCUUACUACAGAUGGUAAUUAAUUAAAGAUUUUAUUAACUUUAUUAA